CAAAGACUAUUCAGGGAAUACAAGGAACUCCUUCAGCUUUUCUUCUUUGAAUCUCCAUCUCUCUCACGUACGAUUUUGCUCCUUUGCUAUUUACAGUUGUUGUGUUGGAGUUAUCAUCCGUUUCUUCCCUACAGGUUUGAACCUGCUUCUAGAAGUGAAAGUUAACUUCAUGGAUGAUGGUCUUGGAAAGAUAGAGGUUUUCCCUGAUCAUUUUCAUGCUUCAACGCCCAUUGCAGAGUCUGUUGACAAGGAAAAUCGAUCUUUUUCUCAUUCAAGAACUGAUAACUCUUUUAGUUCCCAUAGUCGCUCGUGGGCUCGAAGAAAAUUGAGAAGUGCUGCCUCAAUGUUGAACUUGUUUAGCCUACGGGGGUUGCCAUGGGGAUCAAGCAGUGAUGAUCAGGAAAAGGUUGAGUUAACUGUUGCAGAAUUAGAAUCUCUUCGAACAGAACUUGCUAGUUUGGAAGAGAGAGAAGCUCACUUUAAAGCUCAGUUGGAACAUGUUGAUGAAAUUUUGCGGUCCGCACGUCUAUCUGGCUACUUGUACAUUCGAACUAGGUGGGCAGCUUUACCAGGAGAACCUCCUCCCAUUGAUGAUACUGAAGUUGACGACUGGCUUCCCCGCUUUGUUGUGCUUCAUGGCUCAUGUUUAUUCUUCUAUAUGUUGUCUACAGAAUGUCAUGCAGAUUUGAGUCCUCAGGACUCUACCCUACUUUCUGAUGUUACUGAAGUGGGUCCUCUGCCAAACUUGACACGAGAAGACGAGGAGAUUCGAUAUUGCUUUUAUAUCUUAACUUGUCAUGGAUUGCGAUAUGAGUGCUCAAGUGUUUCAAAAGUACAGGUGGACUCUUGGCUGACGGCAUUAAGACUCGACUGCAAAAUCGAACCCGAACCCGAGAACAUAGCCCCUCAAUAAUUGAAGUAGCAUGUAACAUUAUCUACACUACUUACCAGCAAGCUGUACAUAGCCUUGAAGGUCAAGAACUGAACCUUGCAUUUAGCCCCACAUUAAAUCUGAUAGACUAUUUGUUCAUUUUGUUUCUGUACAUAACCUGGCAGCAUUGUAAUUGAAUAGCAAUAAAUCUUGCCUUUCUGAUUUUCCGUGUUACAUUUGUUAUCAGACCCUUUACAGUGCGACAAACGACUUUAAUAUGUAGGUGUCCA